ACCAGCGUGAGAUGUGGUUUCACAGACACAGCCACACGUACAUACGCACAAUCUAAAGCAAACUACGGGACCCUGACUGAGUCUUCGAUCUAAAGGAGACGGUGCGAACAUUUCCUUUGAAGCUUCUGGAUUGUUUUGAAAGCGCGUUGGAAGCUCUGCUUUAGGAGGCAGCCCAACACCCUGACCAUAAUUUAGGAUGAGGGGACAAUGUGGUGGAUCGAUGAAGAUGCCUUUUGUGAUGGUAUUUUUAUUAACCGCUUGGUGGAUGUGCACAAUACAAGGUGCGAAUGCGAAACGAUGUGCAAUAAAGGUCUUGCAUCUAACACCCAGGGUCUAUGCCAUGGCGGGGAAGGAACUCUCUCUCCUGUGCAAGGCUAAGUUCUGCACCGCGAAUUUCACUGACCUGGAGAUAACCUGGUGUAAGUGGACCUCGAAGGCUUGCACCGCACUGAGCCAGUUGGACGAAUUUGUCAAUCAUACCACGGACUCCUCUCACUCGGAGCCCAGCGCCGUGACUUCUCUCCUCCGCAUUUCUCCGGCUGGCCCCGAGCACAGCGGGAUUUACCAGUGCCAGGCGCGGCUGCCCAGCUACAGCCGAGCCACAUCGAUGGGCCACAGGAUCAGCGCGUUAGUGACCGAGCUCGAGGUGACGGUUCCUGGCUCCACUGUGAGCGGCUUAAAGGGCAGUUCCCUGGAGCUCCACUGCACAGUGAGGAUUGACGUGCGUUUGAACAACACGCUCAGGGUGUUUUGGACCAAGGGGAAUGAGACCUGCAACCCCUCGGCAACGAGAAGCAGAGGGGAGAUCAGCAACCAGACGCUGUCAGCCACCGGAUCAAAAUUCGUUCUGACUCUUUUCAACCUCCGAGACGAAGAUUCGGGAGUUUACUAUUGCUGUGUGUUUUCACAUCUAUCGCCACAAAUAACAGCGACAGGAUUUAUCAACGUGAGGGUUGACGGGAACCCGCUCAUCCUUUAUUUACUCCUCAUUGUCAAAGCGGCUCUCUUCCUCAUUUUGACGACUGCCUCUUACAUUUGGGUUUGCAAACAGAAAAGACAAUGACAAAAAUCCCAAGAUGCAGCGAAGGAAGGAGGAAGCAAAUACAUCAACGCAUCUGUUGCACCUCUUUUACAAUAAUUAUAAUGACGUUCCACAUGUUUACGGGGCUGUGUUGUGCUACUUGAAAAUAAAUACAUUUGAAAUAGGA